AUGCCCAGGAGGAAGCCUGUCCGAAGCCGAAAAUCUAAAAGGAAACCGCCUGCCCGCAAGUGUCCAGCCCGGGCGGAAGCUGAGGGGCAUGGGGCGGGGACCUCAGAGAAUGGGCCCACCUCGCCCGUGAAAGUGCCAAAGAAACGAGGCCGUAAGUCCAAAGCAGAGCUGCUCCUGCUGAAGCUGUCGCAGGGCCUGGACUGCCAAGCGCCGGAGCCUAUCUGUGUGCAGAAGAUACUGGGGAGCAACGAGGCACCUGACGGCUUGGAGGCCACGCCCAGUGGGCGCCCCAAGAGGCGGGCGGCUAAAGUGGCUUUGCUUUACCUGCAGGAGCUGGCCGAGGAGCUGACAUCAGUGUACCGGCCUCUGGCUCCCAACGAAGGCCCCCAGGAACCAGAGUCCGACAGCUCGAGGAAGAAGCGCCGAAGCAGGAGGAGGAAAGAGGAGGAGACCGAUGACGAUGACCUCUCCCGGGAUGUGGACUUUGUGCCCUCGGAGGAGGUGCUGCUGCAGGCGGCAGAGGAGGAGGAGGAGGAGGAGAGCGACGUCCUGCUCAGCGAGGUCUCUGAGUCAGAGCCAGAGGCUGUCCGGGGCCACGCCCCGAGGAUGCCGUCAGCAGGGAAGUCCAAGCCCCAGUGCCGAGGGCUUGCUCCCAACGGCUUCCACAACUCCAUCAUGGCCCCCGUGUGGAAAUGUCCCAGCAUCACCCACAGCCUGCGGGACCGGCACUACUCCCCCUGGGAAUUCCCCGACUGGCUCCCUUCCACACGCAAGUGGACCUUUCUCUCGGACAGCGAAUGUGCCCAGUACCUGCCGGGGGAGAUGAAGUCUCCACUCUUCUCUAUCCAGCGGGAGGGCAUCGAAGAAGACGGUGUCCUGUACCGCAUCAACAGGUUCAACUCCCUGCAGCCCCACGAGGAGCGCCUGGACGUGUCCUUCUUUGUGGGUGGCCCGGUAUGGGCCAUGGAGUGGUGCCCGUGUCCAGAGGGCUCUGCCGCCCCCCAGUAUGUGGCGCUCUACUGUAACAAGGGAAUGGACGAGAAGCACAGCCUGGCCGAGCUCCACACAGGCCCUGCACUGCUGCAGCUCUGGGCUCUGGGCAUCCUGCAGCCGGAGGCAGGCUCUGCCACCAAAGCCAGGCUGGCCUACGCCAUCGCCGCCGACCACGGCUGCAUCUGGGACAUGAAGUUCUGCCCCAGCGGAGCCUGGGAGCUGCCCACCACCUGCAGGAAGCCCCCUCAGAUGAGCCGGCUGGGCCUUCUGGCGGCAGCCUUUUCUGAUGGCAAAGUGCUCGUGUACAGCCUCCCGCACCCCGAGGGCCUGCUCGCUCACAAGAGAGCCCAGGUAAAAGGUGGGCCCUUCCCAAAGCACACCAUUUGCAAGGUGCAGUGCAUCGCCACCCUGCAGGUUGGCUCCAUCCAGGCAGGGAACUCGUCUGAGUGUGGCCAGUGCUUCAGCCUCUCCUGGAUGCCUUCCAAGCCCCACCAGCACCUGGCAGCUGGCUUCUACGAUGGCACCGUGGCCAUCUGGAACCUGCCCACCAAGUCCCUGCUGCAGCGUGUGCGCCAGCCCGAUGGCUCCCUCAAGCUCUACCCCUUCAGGUGCUUCCUUGCCCAUGACCAUGCCGUCAGGAGCAUCGAGUGGUGCAAAGUCAACAGCAACUUUCUGGUUACGGCGGGGAAUGACCGGAAGAUCAAGUUCUGGGACCUGCGGCGGCUCUAUGAGCCCAUCAACAGCAUCAAGCGUUUCCUGACCACCGAGAUCACCUGGCUGCUGCCCUACAAUGGCGUCACUGUGGCCCAGGACAACUGCUACGCCUCGUACGGACUGUGUGGAAUCCACUAUAUUGACGCCGGCUACCUGGGCUUCAAGGCCUAUUUUGUGGCCCCGCGCAAGGGGACUGUGUGGAGCAUCUCCAGCUCCGACUGGCUGAACGCUGUGGCGGCCGGGGACAUCACUGGGGAGCUGCUGGCGGCGGUGCUGCCCGACCUGGCCAUGAACCCGCUCAACAUCAAGCGGCCCUCGGAGCGCAGAUUUCCCAUCUACAAAGCGGAUCUGGUGCCCUGCAGCUCUGCGGGAGGCGAGGAGGAGCCGAGGCCGAAGAGCAGGACGUACAGCGAGAUGACGAAGGAGCACUGCCUCCGAUUCCAGGACACGGACCUGCGCAGCUUCCGAAAUUUCUUCAGCCGGGAGCCCAUGCGCCGGAUGCAUGAGCAGGAGGUGAAGGCCGAGCUGAGCCUGGACCGUAUGCAGCUGGAGUCCAUCCACAAGGUUCGCUUCAGCCCCAACCUGGACUCUUACGGCUGGCUGGUGUCGGGCGGCCAGUCGGGCAUCGUGCGGGCGCACUGCCUGGUGGGGCUCACCUCCCCCGUGGGCCACAAGCUGCUCCAGGAGUGCCGGGCCCAGUUCAGCGCCAUGUACGGGGACAGGCUGGAGAGCCCCAGCGCCAGCCCUGCCGAGCACGGCCUCCUGCAGGAACAGUAG